GAAAUUUCAAAGAUCUACGAGGACCGCAUUGAAUGAUCUGGCCGAAAGGUGAAACGAAUGAAAAAUAUUCUAGAACUCAUUUUGCGCCCUUACGAACGUUUUUAUUCACAUGCCCGCGAUAACACGGCCUUUUCUUUUGUCCGUGCUACCGUGUGAAGUUUUUUUUAGCACGUCGAGUUUUAUAAUUCCAUUUGAAAACCAAAAGUUUUGUUGAUUCCAACCCUUCUCCAUGCCUCGUGCGGUUGAUACGUAGAUUUUUUAGAUUUUCUGUCAAAGACCGACACUAUUACACUCGGUCAGUGAAGUUAACUACUCUAUCAUCCUUGGUUCCUCGACGCAGAGUCUGCGUCCUCUAUAAAUAAUUCGGAAAUUACAGCAAUAAGUGCGUUCAGAAAAAAUGGAACGAGCAACCUCGUCGCGCAUGCAUUUUGCGCGCAUGCAGGGGCGAGAUGAACAAGUAUCGGAGCUUGAGGAAGAUGCGUUCCCGACUUCCACGCAGCGACCAAAUUAUAAAACACCAGCCUACCCCAGCAGCCCAAGGGAGUCGCAACGAAGUACGACGGCAGCUGCGGAGGAGGAAUGCUGCAUCACCAGUAGAGGGGAAGAGCAAAGUCUGGGCGAAUUUGGAUUGCUACACGACGAGGCAGAACCGCUGCCGCACGUAGACGUCCCCCGGGCGAGAGGGAUGUUGAGAUCUUCAUCAACUACCGGGAGGUCCUCGCCAAAAAUAUCGUCUUUUUCCCGAAAAAUAAGCAGACGUACGACUUCCCUCUUCUCCACCGCUGCACUGUUUUUUUCCACCAUGACGACUCAGCAUAGUACUUCUUCUAUGAUGGGGGGCUCCUCCAGCUCCUUCAUGGCGACCACCUUUGUUUCUGCCCAAUCCCCUAUUCCCGACCUGUCCCUACCCUUCCCUGUGUCUCACCACCUGCUCGACGACUCCUGGCACCUGAAGGGCACGGCGCACCCGCAGGGCGACGACAAGUGUAUCAUUCUCGGCGUGGGCGUGCCGGGCAGAGCGGGCUACCUGUGGUCCAAGAACCCGAGCCCGAGCAACGACGUAGAAAUCUCGUUCAAGUUCUCCGUCACCACGGAUCCCCAAACCACCAACAUCCCGCACAAGCAGGGGUUUGCGUUCUGGUACCUGCUAAUUUUUGGUUAUGUGAAGAAGUAUAGUGGACGCAUGACGCAUUUCGUUUAUUUUUGUUGGGCUUCUGAUUCUGUGCAUGAAAAUGAAUGUGAGACAGAUGGAAUUAUAAUUUUGUGAAAAAUUUGACAGGUUUGUCGAAGAUCCCGAUGCGACGGGCAAACAUAUCACGGAUAUCCUAGGCGACCCAGUGUACAUGCGCACCCAGACUCUCGGCCUUACGCUGAAUAAGGUAAAUAAUUUAUUAGAGCAGCUUUUAUUGUGUGUGAUGUUCAUAUUCCAGCACCUAGUACAACACCCUGGUAGUGGCAUCAUGACAGUGCUUCGUCUUUCGCGUGUGCUGGUCCCUGAUAAAUAAGUAUAGUUGUCUGUGCAAAGAAAAUGAUUUUGAUCUUAGAUAGCAUAUAGUACUAUGCCUCAUACAGCAUAAGAAUAAAAAACGCAUCAGGUUUCGCGCGACGUGAUGGCCUACCGAUCGAAGUGGAACGGUUUGGGGGUUCUUUUUACCCCUCGCACGGUGGAGUACCAAACCGGUUCCACGCCCAUUUCCAAAUCCGAGCAGGCCAUUAUGAAAAUGAAAAAUCCCCCCUCCCCAUAUCAAAGUGAAAAUCUGUGAUGCGGGAUUUGUGUACACAAAUCGGGUUUGUCUUGCAGUAGAGGACUGCAGACAGAUACAAAGCCGGAGCAGGGGCGUUUUGGUGUAGGCGCCUAGCAAGGCAGGCGGGUCCUCUGUAGGCCACACAGCAUUACAAAUUGCCUGCAAAACCUGGCGGAGUCUCUGGAUUUGCCUUCCAGCAAUACAGGGACGAUUCGUGGCCACAAAUCAGCAUCACAAAUUUUCGGGAGUAUCCUUUUUUGGUAUGAGGAGGGGGGAUUUUUCCUCUCAAUAGCCAUCGUCGCUGCCGUGAACGACGGGACGAAGUCUCUGUACACCAACGGCGACAUUCCCUCCGCACUGGCGAAGAAGGUGAACUUCCGAAACAUGCCGGGCCACAUGCACGUGAAGAUUCGCGUGACCCCGAAUAACGUAAAGGUGGAGAUUGGGGAGGCGGGGAAAAACCAGUACACGGUGCUGCUGGACGAAAACAAGUCCCUGCCAAAAAACGCGGUCCUGGGGUUCACAACUUUUACCGACGACGAGGCGGUGGAUUACACCGGGGGCCACCGGGACUUCGAUACAACGCGACUGUAUUUUCGCGAUUUCAUUUUUGCUUAUCAAAAAAAGACAUGAGUUGCAUAAAAUUGCAAUUGGAGGGACGAGGUGUAUUUCGCCGGAGCCUUCAUUUAUGAUGCAGCGCGUUUUUUAUUAAUUUUUGUAGUGUCGUGCAUCGACGCGGCGCAAUGACAAUGUGUAUGUGCAUAUGCAUAUGCAUGACGAUCGAUCGACAUCGACUUCGACACUCCUUGAGGGAGAACGAAGAAAAACUUCAAAAAUUGAAAAAUAUUACCACAGAUGGGAGCUUGAAGUGAAGAAUUUCGACCAGAGUGUGAAAGUGCAGGAAAGAAAAGUCCAAAGCGACAAACCUGGGGAGGACAUGCACGGGGACUUUCUAUACGAGCACGGCGCGCUCAAGGAGCACCGGGAAGAGAGCGCCGCGAUUCACCAACUCACGAACAUGGUAUGAGUAAGUAGCUAGGAAUGCACGACAACCAACACUAGCCUAUAGAUCGUUGUGCUGUGUUGUAGAUGUACUUAUACAAGUAUCAGUAUAAUUAUUUGCAGUGGACAAAUAAACUUGUUACAAGUGACGCGGCGAUCAAAGAGCCGUAACAGAGGGGUCAUGUCAGGAAGAAAUUCCGCAGAUUUUCCUCGGAAAUCCAAGCCAAAACUGCAUUCUUUCAGGUGAUGAAACUGAUCGCGGAGACGGAGCCCGUCCGGCGAGAGAUGGAGCGGACCGUGUUGUCCCUGUCCCAGCGGGUUAUCAGUUUGGAGAAAAUUUUCGGCGAGUUGAAGCAGGAAAUCAACCAGAAAACGGGGCUAUGAAUUGCAAAUGUGUCUGGGUCUGGAAGGUGGUAACUUGUCAUGGUAAAUCUGAAGCAUACGAAAAUCUGUGUUGCAUGAGUGUCAAAUAAAGCUGUCCACUUUCGACCAAGUUGGGAGGGAGUUUCUCAUGCAGGACAGGCAUGGCAGAGACCUCGCAGAGUCUGCCAUGCUAAGUGCCGCAUUCCAGACCUCAUGGGUCAUGGAAAAUCUGCAUGACAAGUUUACACUCUUCCAGACCCAGACAUUUUUGCACUUGAUAGGGCCACGAUCUAGACAAAGAAUUCGACGACAUCAAGGCGGAACUCGUGCAGCUGAGUCAGGUACGUAGUAUCUAUAGUACGUGUACAAAUCUUUUUUCUUUAUCGAUCUGGAUGAUUAUGAUUUUUGGUGCGGAAUCUGAAUAACACGAUCAUCAUCUUUCUGUGAUCAUGCGCCGUGACGAAGAUUCAGAUUCAGAAGAGGAAUUGUAGUGUGGCCGCAGUACUUAGAAAAAAGACCCCCUUGUCUCCCACUAAAUCCACAGACUGCCAACUCGGAGACCGAGCGACGAAAGGAGAAGAUGCAAGCCCUGCUAUCCUGAGCAAAAACGUCCCUCUCCAGAGUCAAGAUGGGAAAUCUGCUAGACAAAUCUCCAAGUUUUGGGAGUUGCGCAUGACAAGUUUGCCUUCGCAGUGUAGUUCCGGUUAGCAAGGGAAGCCGCAUGAGAAAGCCGCUUUCUCAUCCUGUUUACAGCAUUGCUAAUUCCAAAACACGAUUGAAAAUGCCUCUCAUGGAGCUGCGCAUUACAAAUGUUCCUGCCAUUGCGCAUUUGCAUGACAACUCUGGGGUGGGGACGUUUUUACACAGGAUACCUGCACGACGAUCUGGAGCAGAUGCGUGGCAGCACCAUGGGCGGCGCCUUGGAAAAACUGACGGAGGUACUUUCAUCUUGCAUUUUUGUUUCCCUGUCGGAAUUUUAUGUUUUGCCUUUGAAUUAUACAAGAUGGGGGUCGGCCGUUUGGCCGACCCUAUCUUGAUGGACAGGGUCAGGGAGCAGCCGUAAGCAUCAACACUAUUCAAGACAGGCCCAACGUAAACCCUGGGGGCCCGCCAAAUGCGCCCGAAGGCUGGCCCCCCGAAGGGGCGGGCGGGAAGUGCUGCAAAGGCAGCAGCCUGCUCAAAGUUUGCAAUGUCCGAGGCCCCCGCCAAGGGGCAUCGAAGACCCCCCCCGCGGGGUACCGAAGGCCCCCCAAGGGAGGUAGCGCGAGAUGCGGCGCCGCCUGAAGCUGUCCGCGCGAGAUUCGCCGAAGGCUGGCCCCCCGAAGGAAUUGGCGCGCGGUCGGUCGGUCGGAAAGUGUGCAAAGGCAGAAACCUGCGUCAGGCUUGCAAUGCCCGAGGCCCCCUCCAAGGGGUGGCCCGGCAGACCACCCCGAGGGCCGAAGCGGGAGGAAGGGAGCACCAUCCGAAGCCGCCCGUGCCCCGCGAGGGGCGCCGUGCGAAGGUGUGCGGCUUGCUUCCUUGCUUGUUUGAAGUCGCCCGAAGGCCCGCCACGGGGUCUGGCGUAAUGAAAGCCCGCAAAAGCAGUUGGCUCGCGAAGCCCGAGGCCUCGCUCAAGGGGCGUCGAAGACCUCCCAAGGGGGUCGCGCCAGGUGGUGCGGCGCUUGACGGCCUCCGCCCGGCGGGGGCUUCCCGCAACAAAGCCGGCCCCGCCCCCCCGGGCGGGGGGUACGGCGGGAGAUUCGCAAAAGCGGCCGCCUGCUGCCGCCUUGUGAUGCCCGGGGGCCCUUCCCGGGGUACCGAGGGCCACGCCUUGGGGGCACCACCGAAGGCCCCGGCCCCCAGGGGGCCAGCCCAAGGUCAGGCAGGCGCCGCCUGGAGGCAUCCGCCCGUGGCCCCCCGGCGCACGCUGCCCACCGCCAAGGGCCAAGCGUAGCGGAAACCUACUAAGCAGAAAUUUCCCGGAAGCCGGAAAACUGAAAAAAGUCCCUCCCUUUCGCAGAAGUCCCAUGGUGGAAACAGCCCUGCUGGUCGCCUUCUGGUGUGGCUCCGAGUGGGCGCUGGAAAAUGCUUAGGCGGCCGAGCUUGCCACGGGCACCCACAGAGAGAAGGAGCGAACGCCCGUGCCGCUUGCGCGCAAGUCCAGCCGCCUGGCUGCAUUUCAUUCGGUCGCCCAAGCGCCUCCUCCUGGUGUGGCUCAGAGCGUUGCAGCCUCGGCGACUGGCUUGGCCAAGGACACGCGCAGAGCACACGCCCGCGCAACUUGCGCGCAAAUCCAGCCGCCGGCAGUCCAGCGCCCUGGGCCCUUACAUACUUUCUUGCAUUUUUGUUUCCUUGUCGGAAUUUUGUUUUGCCUUUGAAUUUCAUUUUGUGCGCAUUUGCGCAGCGUACUCAUUUCUAUUCCAGAAAAUGACUGGGUCAUGCCACUGCCACCUUCUUUGUACGUGGUGUAAUUGUUCACGAUGCGCCUGGUGAUCCUCAUCCUCCAACAUGAUGAAAUUCCACAGACCAACAACGCGGUUCUGGAGUCCCUGAGCAGCGGGCACCAGUGGAGUUUGUUCAUCUCGCUGUGCGCCGUCGGAAUCAUUCUGCUCGCUGGUCUCGCUCUGUACCAGCGCUUCCGGAACUGGGAGAAGAAGCACAUCCUGUAGAAGGAUCCGGAAAAGAUCUGUCUAGUUCACUAGUGCCAGCAGUUAUUCUACUACUACUUGAAGACGACGAGAUUUUUUGAAAAUAAAGAAUUUUUUCAGAUCCAAGAUCUCUUUCCCUUCUAGUUUUUCUUUUGUACUGACUUUUCUACUACUACUCCCCAUGAACCCACCGACGCCCACGUGUUGUUAGUUUGUACACUCGAAAAAUAAAAUCAAGACAUCUAUUCGUCAAGGACACCGGCGGCCGCGGCGGUCCUAGUAGUCGCUUCCUCUAGAAGAAUUGGAAAAGCGCAAAGUAGAAACCUUUCCAUCGAGAAGAUCGGGGAUGGAGGUCUCUUCAUGAGGUGACUGAUCAUUGCUGAAGAAAAAUACGAAAUCCAGCAAAACGCCAUACGAGGAUCCUGAUGUAGAAGGCAGUUAACAAGGCGGUUGAUUAUGAGAAUACAAACAACAUGUACAUGAGGUCAUCGUCAUUCGAGUUUAUUUUGUCAUGUACAAAAAUAAAUAAAAGCGACACUUUUUUGUUUAUCUGUGACGAACUUCUGCGAACAACUAGUCUGAGUUUUCUCAUCAUCGCGCGAAAGAGUUUAAAGCGAAAGGCAUAAAGAAAAUCAUGAUAAAUUAUCACACCCUGAUUGUAUCAAGCUUCCUUUUCGUCCCAAUCACCACAACACAAUGACGGCACGACGGAC